GAAGAGACAACAACGACAACGGUUGCGUUGCAGGAGGGCAUAUCGACAACGAAGCAGGAAGAAACAACAAUAACGACGGCCAAGAUUGUCGUCGCUGAGUCCGACGAGAGUGUGGAUGACAUGCCGGAGGUUCUCUCUGAGCCAAAGCCAGUGUCUCCACAGGAGAGCAAUGGUGAUAGUGAUCGCGAUGACAAAGAAAUCGAGCCUGUGGAGGAGACUUCUUCCAAGGAGAAGAUUCCGGUGGUGAAAGAGCUUUUUGAUGAUGAGAAGGAGAAGGAGAAGGCAAGUGUCAUCAAUUGCAAGCGGUGCAUCUUUCGACUCGGCAUUGGUCUGGAGGGCUUGCUGGCCUACCAGCUGUCAGGUGUGAUUGAUGCACUUUGCCAUUCGGAGGAUUGCGACAAAACCUGCAAGGGGUCCUAUGGUGGCGUGGAUCUGACCUGCGACGAGGACAAGGAUGAGUACAAGAGCAUGAAGAGAGGUCUGGUCACUGAAAUCGUCCGCUUGGAGAUGGAGAGCCGCAAAGCCAAGGCGGCAGCCAAUCCUCAGGACCAAGCAAAGCUGAAAGAGUCAGAAGAGGCGAGCAAAGAGGAGACAAACUCGCUUCCGGAGACAUCACCUGCGGUUCUGGCAACUGAG